AUGUAUGUUGCAACCACUGAAAAAGAUGCUCCAGGAGAAUAUCCCUGGAAAAUAAAUUUUGACAAAGCCUCAAACGUCAUAGGUAACAAAAUUGAAGCAGUCUUGGUAUCCCCAAACGGAGGUCGUUAUCCUUUUACCAGUAAACUUGACUUUGAUUGCACAAAUAACAUGGCAGAGUACGAAGCAUGCAUCAUGGGUAUUGGUGCAGCUAUAGAACUUAACAUCAAGGUGCUAAAGGUAUAUAGGGAUUCUGCAUUAGUGAUCUAUCAACUCAAAGGUGAACGAGAGGCAAGAGAUCCCAAGUUGAUCGAGUAUAGAAGACUGGUUCUAGAGUUAAUUAAAGAGUUUAAUGACAUCACCUUCUGCUACCUCCCGCAAGAUGAAAAUGAAAUGGCCGACUCCUUGGCUACCUUAGAUUCCAUAGUAAAUAAACAAGAGGAUGUAAAACCUAUCAAGAUGGGUAUUUAUAAGGCUCCGGCACAUUGUUACAAUAUCGAGAAAGAAGAAAGGGAUAAUCACCAUUGGUUCCACAACAUAUUACAGUAUGUAAAGAACCGUGAAUACCCUAAGCAGGCAACCAAGAAUGAUAAAAGGACACUAAGAAGACUGGCUAAUGACUAUGGGACACUAAGGAGACUAGCUAAUGACUUUGUCUUAGAUGGUGAGAUCUUAUAUAAAAGAAGAAAGGAUCAGGUGUUACUAAGAUGUGUAGAUACUGUCGAAGCUAAGAAAAUCUUAGAAGAAGUCCAUGAGGGUGUUUGUGGAGCACAUGCUAAUGCCUCCACCGGGGUAACACCUUUCUCAUUGGUUUAUGGAAUAGAGGUAAUUUUUCCCAUUGAAGUUGAGAUUCCUUCUCUCCAAGUUUUAUCAUAA